GAAUGUAGCGACGCGCAGGGAAAGUUUCCCCGGGGGCCGCGGGCCGCGGAUUCGGUGCGGGCGGGCGCGCAGAGGAAGGAAGAGCGGCGAGGAGGCGGAGCUCGCGAGACGCGCGGGCGGGCGCUCUGCGCAACUUUUUAGUUUGGGCGUCUGGGGCCGAAGUUUCUGUCUCAGUCGGGACGCCGCCGCGGCCCGGGCGAAGAAAGGGAGGAAGGAAGGAGCUCGGGGAGGGCAGGGAAGGCUCGGCAGCCUUGGGCACGGAGUGCAGGGCGAUGCGGGCGCGCGACGCAGCCCCCCGAGCCUGAGCGCAGCGCCCCAGCGUCGAGCGAGGCCGCAGCCAUGGAGCCCGCGCAGCAGCCGCCGCCCCAGCCAGCCCCGCAAGGCCCCGCGCCGUCGUCCGCGCCCGGGCCUCCGGCGGGGACCCCCACGGCCCCGCCCGCGCCCCCGGCUGGCCAUCAGGUCGUGCACGUCCGCGGAGACUCGGAGACCGACCUGGAGGCGCUCUUCAACGCCGUCAUGAACCCCAAGACGGCCAACGUGCCUCAGACCGUGCCCAUGCGGCUGCGCAAGCUGCCCGACUCCUUCUUCAAGCCACCCGAGCCCAAGUCCCACUCGCGACAGGCCAGUACUGAUGCAGGCACUGCAGGAUCUCUGACGCCACAGCACGUUCGAGCUCACUCCUCUCCAGCAUCCCUGCAGCUGGGAGCUGUUUCUCCUGGGACACUCACACCCACUGUGGUCUCUGGCCCAGCCUCUACCCCUGCAGCACAACAUCUCCGACAGUCUUCCUUUGAGAUUCCUGAUGAUGUACCGCUGCCAGCAGGCUGGGAGAUGGCUAAGACAUCUUCUGGUCAGAGAUACUUCUUAAAUCACAUUGAUCAGACAACAACAUGGCAGGACCCCCGGAAGGCCAUGCUCUCGCAACUGAACGUCCCUGCACCUGCCAGCCCAGCGGUGCCCCAGACCCUGAUGAACUCCGCCUCAGGACCUCUUCCUGAUGGAUGGGAGCAAGCCAUGACUCAGGAUGGAGACGUUUACUACAUAAACCAUAAGAACAAGACCACGUCCUGGCUGGACCCAAGGCUUGACCCUCGUUUUGGUAAAGCUAUGAACCAGAGAAUCACGCAGAGUGCUCCAGUGAAGCAACCGCCACCCUUGGCCCCCCAGAGCCCACAGGGAGGCGUCCUGGGUGGGGGCAGCUCCAGCCAGCAGCAGCAGAUGCAGCUGCAGCAGCUGCAGAUGGAGAAGGAGAGACUGCGGUUGAAGCAACAAGAAUUACUGCGGCAGGUGAGGCCACAGGCAAUACGGAAUAUCAAUCCCAGCACAGCAAAUGCUCCAAAAUGUCAGGAAUUAGCUCUCCGGAGCCAGCUGCCCACCCUGGAGCAGGAUGGAGGGACUCAGAGUGCCGUGUCUUCCCCUGGGACGUCUCAGGAGUUGAGGACGAUGGCAACCAAUAGUUCAGACCCCUUUCUGAACAGUGGCACCUAUCACUCUAGAGAUGAGAGCACAGACAGUGGCCUCAGCAUGAGCAGCUACAGUGUCCCUCGGACUCCAGAUGACUUCCUGAACAGUGUUGAUGAAAUGGACACAGGUGACACUAUCAACCAAAGCACCCUGCCUUCGCAGCAGAGUCGUUUUCCAGACUACCUUGAAGCCAUCCCUGGGACAAAUGUGGACCUUGGAACACUGGAAGGAGAUGCAAUGAACAUAGAAGGGGAGGAGCUGAUGCCCAGCCUUCAGGAAGCACUGAGUUCCGACAUCCUCAAUGACAUGGAGUCUGUGCUAGCUGCCACCAAGCUAGACAAAGAAAGCUUUCUCACAUGGUUAUAGAGCCUCCAGGUAGCCGCUUCCCAGUCUGUGAAGGAUCCACGGAGCCGAAGACGUGCAUCCCUGAAAUUCAGAUAAGCCAGUGGGCAAGUCUCUGGCUGAUACAGGAAACAUGAACAAAUGUCCAGCAGGGAUCUUCAUCCACUGUUCUGCUCUCCUCCACCCAUCGAUGCUGUUCAUGUUGCUGACCUCUUCACAGCCCUAAAGAGUCAGAACCAUAAAACAACAAACCCUUUGGUUUCUCUUGCUAUGAUAACUGCUGUUCUUCGGGGUUGCUGGCGAAUACCUUGUUUGAAUGAUGGUCUUCCUUUUGGCCAGUGGUGUCUUCACCCAUCAUUUCAGCUGGACACUCGGACUGGGAACUCAAAUGCUUCAUGUCAGAGUGUUUGUUCAAGAGCUGGUUUCUUCAUUUGCCUUUGACCCUCUGGUCCAACAAGCCAAAAAGCUCAGCAUCUGACCUUAAGUCCUCAGUGCUGAUUAGGAGGGCUCAGAGACUGCUGGGCUUUUUGUUUCUUCUGGUGAUACCAUUAGUCACAUGGUGACCUGGAUUUUAUUUUAGAAGCUUAUAAGGCAUGAGGCAGUUUCCAUAGACAUAUAUUAAUUAUUGCCACAUACUCUAGGCUAGGUUUGAGUGGGUUUUUUUGUGGGUACUGGUUGGUUUUUCUUUUUCUUCUU